AUGUCGAACCUAUGUAACAUGUUCUCUUCCUCACAAACCUCUAAGGCCUCCUACAUUGCACAUGCUCAGAGUAGAGAAAGCCAAACCACACCAACCCAUUUGGACCAGCCAACCAAAACAUCGCGUAUAGCGAAGCUAGUCGUUGAACUAACAACAAACCCGGCGCCCCGGAUCUUGGAUUCCAAGCUAGCCAUGAGCUGA